GUGAAAUACGUUUACUUGUCAAAUAUGAUGGAAAAGUGUGAUGGCGACUAGCUUUUGUUUGUUUAUAGUAAAAAAUCUUUAAUUUCCGCUCGGUUUUGGAUGAGUUACUACUAAACCAAGUUAGCAAGUUGUAGGCUUUUAUUUGAUUUGGCAUUUAUGAAAGGAAGAAACAUUUUUGUAUCUUAAACGAAACCGUGCCUACCCUUUGUCAAUUUGUACGUAAUUGCUUUAGCCUGGGUAGACAUUUAAAAGUGACGUGUGUAAAAUUUCAUUGAUAAAAAAACGAAAAUGGUACACACAGUUAGUGAAUAUUUAUCGAAGAAGCAACAACCUUUAUACAACGUCAGUAACUACGACCCAAAAAUGGGAUCACGAAAUCGAGUGCCUUCACAACAAAUUCGCGAUGACUUUCUACUUGAAACAAAUUUUGAUGACGACGGGACACUAACCCGAGCCUAUAACACUUUGAAUAAUCAAAAUGGACACGGAAUUCGAGAACCUGGACAGUAUUCACAACAACAACAACAACCCAGUAUCAGUCGGAGGAGCCUUGCUUAUCGGUCCAAUUUAUCGGUGGAUCGAUACUCUGAUAACACAAUACAUGGCCGCCGGUCAAAAGGAGAAUGUUGCAGAUCGUGUAUGACACGAAUACCGUACGCCACACUGAUAGCGACGGUCAUGUGCCUUAUCGGUGUAGGCAUCUUCUGCGGCACAAUGUACCGUGGUACUUCACUGGCAAUUAUCAUGCUCGAUCAAGUUUUUCACCUGAGACUUCUGUGGAUUGAAGCAGUUCAAAUGAUCUUUGUCGUGAUCGGCGCAUCGAUGGGUGCCCUUGGAUUAAUGAUCCUGUUUGUCGGAUUCCUCGCUACCGGAGCUACCCGGUACAAGGUUUACCGGGCGUGGGGCUCCCGGGUCGGGGGACGUAUCUCGUGUGCCGUGUUCAUGGGAAUCACAUAUGUGCUGAAGAUUGUAUGGAUCUUGAUUUUCUGUUUUCUGGGUAUCGUGACGUUCUUGUUCACCGUGUUCUGGAACAUGUGCGAGAACCCGAAUGUGCAAUCACACCGAAACUGUAUCGAUUUGACUCAGUUCUAUUUCAUGUUCCCAGCGGGAGUAAAGCAAGAGGAUAUGAACGUAUGCGAACAAAGCAAGGUGAAGGCUUUCUGCAAGGACGGCGUCGAAAAGUGUGAGAUCAUGUUCAUCUUGGCAACGGUUAGUUGUAUGCUAAUCAUUCUCAGUUUGGUACAUUACUUGAUGUGCCUAGCUGCUAACUACGCUCACAUUCGAGACCAUGAAAAGUUUCAAGAACUACAGGAGAUCCAGAACCUGACCGAGAUGGAGUACACGGCUGCCUCAAAGGACCGGUUCUAGGAUACCGCCCAGGAGAUUUAUAUUGAGCACUGCACCUGAUGAUGAUCGGCAGCUGGUGGUGCUUUACGAGCAGCUUACGUUUAAGUUUACUUAGUACACUGUCCGGUUAGUUUAUUUUUCUUCAACAGUGAACUUUGUUUAUUGACAUUCACAUUGAUUUAAGAUUUAGUUUUUUUACUAUUGUUUCUCAAUUAGGAAUAGAGAUAUAAUUUCUGUGCUUACCGUCCUUCGGUAAGUGGUAUGUUUGUCCGUCCGUUUGAUGUCAUUCCAUUUCCAUUACCCUAUUCAUUUAAUUCACUCUGCUCAAUAUAAGUACUCCUGGAUACUAUUAACGUAAUAAUAUUAACCUUGUAUUGCAUAACAGUAAACAGAAACGAACAAUUCAAUAGCAUAAAGCAAAAAUGCACAAAAAAUCAUACUAAUGCAUUAGAGAAAAUGAAGGCUGACAAUAAGACAAUUAUCAGACCGCAAUUGAACAUCACAUCGGCUAAAUUUACGAAAGUUACUCAGUGACCCCAGAAAACAUGUAAAGGUUUUGCAAAUCGCACAAUAUGUUAAUAAAUAAUAGAUAUUAGGAUGAAUCCAGAACGCCUCAACAGUUUAAGUAUUACACAUAUCUCCAUAUGAAAAUAAGUUUCGAGACUCCGUAAUAUCAAGCAAAUGAUCAAGUUUAUUUUUCUAGAUUAUUGAUUCCAUCAUUCUCCCUUAAAUUUUCCUACCCGUCGUAGUGAGGAAUGUUGAUGAUAGUCAUACAUUCAAUGUCAAUUUUGGUUCAAAUUUAUCUCGAGAAAAAUUGAUACCUGUUGAGAAAUAUUCAGUAUUAGUAUUACUUCUGGCAUUCCUUGCGUUCGGACAUAGAAGAUAUUCGGAGUCAAGAACAGAACAAAAUAGCACAUCUAUUUCCCGAAAAUUCCAAAACCAAUAGCAACGAUCUAUGCAAGAAACAGAAAAACAAAAAAUAAAAUAAACUACCGAGUUGCCCAACCCACAACACCGUGUGAUAUCGUAGGAACAAACAGAGAUAGUCAGCAAAGAUCAUAUUAUUUUGCUUACAUUACAAAAGAGAAGUAGAACAGAAGGUAUUUAUAUAGAGCAUCCUAUCCAAAACAGAUUCUUGAAUUGGCAGUUUCGCCAACAUAUUAAAAACCCAUUCUCUGAGCAUUCCCUAUCGCAAAUGUCGAAAUCCUCUAGUUCCAGAAGAUCACAGUUAAAAUUAUAAUGAAGUAUGCCUUUCCGAAAGAAGAAGCAAAUUCAAGUGUUUCAUCAGUGUUAAUACAUGCAGUAUACAAGAACCAAUUUCCAAUUAGUCGGAAUUGACUGCGGUGGGGAUUCUAACUCAGAAAACCAUUCAAAACGUUUCUUAACCCGUACUAUUUAACAUUACCUGUGCAUAUUUACAGCUUUGAUUCAGACGUCACUAUAUACAUACUAACAUUCCUAGGCUAUAAUCCUAUCAUAGAUAUGUACAAUCUAAUACAAAAUAUAACACAAUCAUUAUACGUCACAGUCUAUAAUCGCAUUUAGCAUCACUAAAAUCAAGCGACAUAUUUCUAUUCGCAAACGUACUAUUCAAACAUUCUUCACAACUAUUUAACCAGUAUUUGUUACUCCUUUAUCAUUAAAUCAUAUCAUUCCUAAUUAUUCCAUAUAUAUCGGCUUUAUUCCUAACCAUUACCCCUGUACAUUUGAAUCAUUCUUCCAAUGUCUGUUAGAUGUGGAACUGCUUUGAUGUAUUUCUCUCUCGCGUUAGCCAAAAGCUCAUAACGAACUACAAGAUCAUCAUUUAAAAAUGUCGCUCACAAAUCAUUUCCAUGUUUAAGUUUUGCUUACAUCACUUGUUCACAAUUAUCUCCGUAUAAUUGGAUGGAUCCAUGGAGAGAAAAUUGCCAGAAGAGAAGAAAAGGAAAAUUUGUUGUAAAAUAAUAUACAAGUAAAGUUUAUUUUUAGGAUAGUAUUCGUCCAUAUACCGGAAAUUUUGAAUAAAAGACAUUUUAGAGAUUGAACUUUUUGGUUCAGAUUAGAA